CGGCGGCGUUGCGCCAGAAGGUCUCCAAGUGUGCCGGAGGCGGGGGAGCCGCCCACGGGUCCCGCCUCCUGAUCGAAGUCCUACGAUUGGCUCCUACCUUCUGUCACUCAACGUCCUGCGGGCGGGAGGGGGCGUGGCCAUGCCUGGAAGGGGCGUGGCCUAGGGCCGGCGAACCGCGCGCUCUCGCCCGCCCCGGGAGGGAAUCGCAGGUUCGGCGCACGCGAGCCCUGGGCGCGCGCAGUCAGCUCGCGGGUGCAAGUGCUGGAAGGGCGGUGGGCGGAGCGGAGGCGCGGGCGCUGCUGCUGCAGGAGCCGGGGCCCUCGCCGCCAGCUGCAGCCUACGCGAUCAACGUGCCCUCCAGGGAGCCCUCCACGCCGAGCUAGUGUAAGCUGGACGUGCCAUGGCUCCGCGCAAAAAUGCCAAAGGCGGCGGUAGCAACAGCAGCAGCGGCGGCAGCUCGGGCAGCGGUAGCCAGGGCUCGGGUACCAGCGGCGGCGGCGGCAGCAGCAGCAGCAGCAGCAGCAGCAGCAGCAGCAGCAGCAGCUCGGGGAUCCGGAGAGAGACAAAGCAUGGAGGACACAAGAAUGGGAGGAAAGGAGGCCUUUCCGGAAGCUCAUUUUUCACGUGGUUUAUGGUCAUUGCGUUGCUGGGAGUCUGGACAUCAGUAGCUGUCGUUUGGUUUGAUCUUGUUGAUUAUGAGGAAGUUUUAGGAAAACUAGGUGUGUAUGAUGCUGAUGGUGAUGGGGAUUUUGAUGUGGAUGAUGCCAAGGUUUUAUUAGAAGGACCUGGUGGGGUAGCCAAGAGCAAAACUAAGGCUAAAGUUCAAGAAGUCCUUAAAGAAGAGCUCAAGGAGAAAGAUAAACCCGCGUCAAGGAAGGAGAAUAAGAAUGAAGAAAGAAAAAGGGGGAAGAAAGAAAAGCAGGAAGACCGCAAGGAUAAGAAAAUGGCUGACUCAGACGCACCCCGGAAAGAGUCUCGUAAGGGUAAACAGGACAGAGAAAAGGAGAAGGUGGACCCAGACAGAGGUGCGAAAACCAAAGGAAACAGGAAAAAGUCAGAAAAUAUAAAGGCCAUUUCUAGUAAAGUGGUUUCCAAAGAAAGAGAUGACAGAAAAGAAGGCAGGAGUUCCACCAAGCGUACGCACAGAGCAAAGGAAAAUAACCAGAAAAGAAAGAAGUGAAAGUCUAACAUCAUUAUCGCGAGAUAUGAUGCUAUUCUUCAUCGCGAUCUGCUGCUAGUGGAUGUAGGGAAUGUAGCAUUACUGUUUGAGAAAGAUGCUUUUCAGUUAGUCAUUAUGAAGUAUAGAUGGAUAUAGGUGCUCAGCGAGGGUAUAAAGAUGAAGCUUUUAAAAGUAUAUGUAAUAAAAAUGUCAUCAGUGACUACGAUUGAUUGUGUGUCCAGAUAAACGUAUUUGUAUACUACAAAGUAAUGAACUUGUUACUAGAGUAAAUUCUUUCAUUGGAGUUCAAUGAGAAUGAAACAUUUGAGUCCUAUUUAUAUGCAGAGUGGUUCAUAACUUGGAUUUAUGAUACUCAGAAAGGAAGUCAGUAUUUCUCUAUUUGCCUUUUUCUCCCGACUUCCUACUGUCUCUCUCUCUCUGAACCACUUGCCUUUUUCCUUUUCUGCUUUUUUUAAAAUUUAUUAAUUUAUAUUGACUUAAUAAUGAUCGAUGAGUCCAAUGGGUAAGAGGGCGGCAAUACACACAAUUCCCACCACCAGAGGUCCAUAUCCCAUCCCCUCCGUGAGAAGCUUGCCUAUUCUUGAGCCUUCUGGGAGCACAGACCCAGGAUCAGUAUGGGGGUUUCAUUUCUCUCCCCUCCCUGCCUCUCCCCCUUUUGUUAUUCCCUCCUCACACCAGCUCUUUCCUGCAUUUCUCCUUCCUUCCCCAGGCUCUGAUGCAUGCUCCCCAUCUGCCAGGCGGUGUGCCUGUUUCAGGCCGUUUCAUUCCCAUUUUCUUUCAGUCUUUCCCUCUGUAUAUUUCUUUCCCCACAGAACACUGAGCAGCUCUGGUUUAUGGUGGUGCAGGGGAUUGAACCUGGGACUUCAGAACCUCAGCCAGGAGAAUCUGUUUGCCUAACCAUUAUGCUAUCUACCCCUGCCCCUUUCCCUAUAUGUUUAUACCUCCAUUCCUACAUACUAUCCUACCUGGAUAUUGCUCUCUCUUCUACCAAAACCCCUUCUAUCUGUUGUUAUCCAAUGUGUGCACUGGGUACUCUGUUCUGAAAGCUUCAGAUAUAGUCAUAAUUAAAAGGUUUUUAUUUAGAAGGAUAAUGUUAGUAAGCUUAUGCUGUCUACAGAACUACGAUAAAAAAAGUCUAAAAGGUGCUGUAAUUACCCAGAUUACAAUAUACCUUCAUUUUUUUUUAAUCAAGACUUUUUCCAGUUCUUUUGGUUGAAGAGCUUGUAUUUGUCAUAUUUGACUGUAUCAUAAUUGCUUGCUGUUUCUAAGGAGUUUCAAAUGUGUGAUUAACCAGAGAUCAGAAUUCACCUCAGCAGAUAACAUUUAAUAAAAUGAAAUUUCAAUAUGAAA